CCGUUGCUAUGGGAAACCUGGCGAAAAGCAGGAAGUGCUGAAUCUACACUGACAUCGGUGCGGAUCUGUGUUUAUCUCUGUAUCAAUGACACUCUGGCGCAUAAACAUAAUCACAGGUAGCUUAUUCGUCUUAACAGAACAGAUAUUCACCACGCAACCCUUUUUCGGAGGAACAUAUGAUAGAGGUUUGAGAGACCUUUGGAGAAAAUGAGUCGAAGCCAGAACCCUGCGCAGAAGGGCCAGGGGACCGCCAGGGCCAGACAGAUGGGAUUGCUGUUGGACUUGUCUCCUGACGAUGGGCUGGAUGACUCUGGAGGAAAUGAUGAGGAGCUGGAGGCGGAGCUUCUGGCAUUGAUGGGGGGAGGAGGGAGGGCUGGACCAGCGGCCAAGAAACCUGGAGGAAAAGCUCCAGUGCCCUUGGGGGACAUUGAGCGCAUUGCAGCCCAUUGUAUGAAAGACCUGGACGAGGACGGAGACGAUGAUGGUGAUUUAGAGAACGAUGCUGAUCUCUUGGCUGAGCUGAAUGAGGUACUGGAAGACGAUGAGGAGCAAGUGAUCAGGAAACCUCUUCCAUCACCAGUGCCUCCUCAACGCUCAAAUGCAGCGCCCGCAUCCCAGAAUGCACCUGCCAGCCUGGAGGUUCGCCUGCAAGAGCGCUUGGACAUGUACCAGACGGCUGAGCCAAUCAGAGAGCCAGAAAAGCCUGCUCGAGCAAACACACCACUGCAGACGGCCAAUGUCAAGCCAGCUCCCUCCAAACCUCAGCUGCUCCUGCCUCCGUCACAGAGAGCGACGGUCGUAACGCCCGAUACACCAGCCAUAUCACCCCUCACACCCGGCCAGCCCAGCACACAGCACUCGGAGCUCAAAGCGAGUAUUUUAAGCAGACAGAGAGAGUAUAAGCUGGCAGCCUUGAAGGCCAAGCAGAGCGGGAACACGGAUCGAGCCAAACAACUCUACCAAGUGUCCAAGAGACUGGACUCUGUGGUGGAGCGUGUUGACCGAGGGGAGUUUGUGGACCUCAGCUCAAUGCCGCCCCCUCCUGGAGAGGUUGAAGAGGUGCGUUCUAACCCUCCUCAGCUGUCCUCUAAACCAGCCGUCCCUCCGGCUUCACCCACUGCUGCCCCAGACACAGCUCUCUGUGCUCCCCGGAGCGUCGCCGAGGCCUUACAGCAGCGCAUGGACAGAUAUAAAGAAGCUGCAGAGAGCGCCAAGAGCAAAGGAGACGAGCGCAAGGCACGCAUGCACCAGCGCAUAAUCAAGCAAUAUCAAGACGCCAUUAAAGCUCAUAAAGCAGGACGGCCGGUGAAUCUGGCAGAACUUCCUGUUCCACCAGGUUGUCCUCCGCUGCAGGGCACUGAAGGCGGUCAGCAGAACUUCAUGGGCGUUCUGGAGACAGCCAUGAAACUGGCCAAUCAGGACGCAGAUGCCGACGCAGAUGAAGACGAGGGUCCACAGAAGCCAUCGGCUCAGCCUGCCGUUCAGAAAUCCAGAGCUCCCGCUCCUCCGAAAGCCUCGUCCACCGCAGGGACACCCACCGGCUCCACAAACACCCCCAAACCAGGAGGGAAAGCCCAGCAGCAGCUGGAUUUCCUGACCCUACGCAGGCAGCAGUUCGUGAAGGCCGCGCUGCGCUCUAAAGAGAUGAAGGACAUGCAGGGAGCCGCUCAGCACCUGAGGAACGCUAAAGGCCUCGAACCCAUGAUCACUGCCGCCAAGGCCGGACUUCCUGUGGACAUCAGCAAGGUGCCGGCCGCUCCAGUGCGCGAGGACGACUACACACUGUCUCAUUCACGCUCGUCCGCUCUCUCUCAGCGCUCAUCUGAGCAGUGCGCUCAACUCAUGGGGCAUCUCAAACAACAGCACGAGAAAUGUCUGGCGUACUCGCAGCAGUACACUCAUCUGGGGAACAUAGCUGAAACUGCCAGGUUUGAGAAGCUGGCUGAGGAAUGCAUGAGUAAUAUUGAAGUGCUGAAGAAAGCUCACGCUGAAGGAAGUUCAGUUCCUAAAUUCCACACAGAGGAGCGCACCUUCAACUCUGUCAAGAUCUUUCCUAACCUGACGUCCAGUGACAUGGUGCUGACCAUCGUGAAAGGAAUCAACCUGCCUGCUCCUCCAGGAGUCUCAGCCAACGAUCUGGUUACGAGUGUGCUCUUUGAGUUCCCGUUCCCCAGCGCGGAAGAAGCUCAGAGAGACAAAACCAGCACUGUGAGAAACUCCAGCUGCCCAGAGUUUAAGGAGGAGUUCAAGCUGAACAUCAAGAGAGAUCACCGAGGCUUUAAGAGAGUGGUUCAGGCCAAAGGCAUCAAGUUUGAGGUCGUACACAAAGGCGGUCUCUUCAAGACAGAUAAAGUGGUGGGAAGUGCUCAGCUGAAGCUGGAAGCUCUGGAGAACCAGUGUGAGAUCCGAGAGAUUAUAGACGUGUUGGACGGACGGAAGGCAACGGGAGGGAAGCUGGAGGUGCUUGUGAAGAUCCGUGAGCCGCUGUCUGGAGUUCAGCUGCAGCCGGUGACGGAGAAAUGGCUCAUCAUCGACCCGCUCACACCUGAGAAAGACCAGAAAGAGAGAAGCAGGGAAAAGGAACGGCAGGCUUCUUCUCCGAGAUCCAAACCAAGAAAGGAUCACGACAAGAACUGUAAACCGAGCUCGUCUCCUCCGCAGUAUAAGAUGCACAGCUUCAGUCUGCUUCACCACGAUAAAGAGAGACUGGACUGGAAGAUCAACGAUUGUAAGAAGAACAGACGAGACGCGUCAGAGCUGAUCAAGCAGCACACGGACGUCUGUCAGCGACUGCAGUGGCAGAAAUCAUAUCUGGAGAGACAUCCAGCAGCACUCACAGAAUAUGAAAAUGUGCUGCAGAAGUUUGUCAACGGGCUCUCGGAUUCGAUUAAAAUGUUUUCCAGCCAAGGCAACAGGGAUGCAGCAAAAGACGCACUGGGCCGUCUGAGGAUGGUGGAGAAUGAGCUGGAGUCAGUCAGGAAAAAGCGUGCUGUCAGACAGUGAAGGAGUGCGCUGAGGGACGUGACUGUCUGUCUGCUGGAAAACAUCUGCAGAUCGUGACCGAUUUAACACUACAGCGUUUACAAUGCUGCACUUCAUCCAAACACUCCUCAUGUUUCUCUUCUGUAAGGACAGACGUCUGCAUGUUUCGAGGGAGAUCAAACUCAAAAAUAAACCUCAAACAAACACUAAAGGGGGUUGUCUCAUAAAAACCCAUUUUAGCCCCCAAAACAGAGAGAUUAGAAAUUAUAUUUAAACACGUUAUUUUAGGACCAUUAAGAUUUGACAAU